AUGUCCGUCCUCUUCACUGUCCCGAUCGCCUCGACGGGAGGCUCUAUCGUCUGCACCAACCCGACAGCGGGCCAGGGUCAAGAGCAGCAGAAUAUCUACUUGCUCACAUUUACCUCGCCCAAAGACAACCGGUUAACCCCAACUUUCAUCGAUGCGCUGGUUCUGGCGCUGGACAUUAUCGAGCACCGCUACCCGAAGGGCGUUGUCGUUACCACGAGCGGCAUCGCCAAGUUCUACAGCAAUGGUCUGGAUCUGGAUCUUGCCAUGAGCACAGAGGGUUUCCUGGACCAGUGGCUAUGGAAGCUCUUCCGGCGCUUCCUCACAUACCCCAUGCCAACCGUGUGUUUGCUGAAUGGCCACGCAUUUGCAGGCGGCUUCAUGCUUGCCAUGUACCACGACUACCGAAUCCAGAACCCCGACAAGGGUUUCCUUUGCGUCAACGAGCUGGAAUUCGGAGUCCCUCUCCAAACACCCAUGAUGUCGAUUUUCCGCGAGAAGCUCUCUCCCACCACCUUCCGGAAUGUGGUUUUGGAGGCACAUCGAUUUGGCGGGAGAGCAUCGCUGCAGGCUGGUAUUGUUGAUGCGGUUGGUGGAAUUGAUGAGGUCGUUGGGUUGAUUCGCGAUCGCAAGCUAUUGAACAAGGCUGCGACUGGCAUUUACGGUGUGAUGAAGGAGGAGAUGUAUUCGCGGGUCCUCAAUGGUCUUGAUGACCAUGCAGGAAACCUGGCAUGGCGAGAGAAGGUGGAAGAGAAGAAAGAGCUGCUGCAAAAGAAGGCCCUACGGAAUGUGGAGGAGUUUGAGAAAGGAAGCAAGGCCAAGCUUUGA